AUGGCAAAUGUUCAAAAUUUCAACUUCCCUUACUUCCCUCCAUUCCCACCUCAUAACUAUCCAUUUCCUCCACCAAGUGUGUCACCACCCCACCAACCUAAUACACCUCCUUUCCCUCCGAAAGUGGCCCCACCACGCCCACCGGUUGCACCAUCACCUCCAAAAGUGGUGCCACCACGUCCACCAGUCACACCAUCAUCACCACCAAAAGUGGCCCCACCACGUCCACCUGUUACACCAUCGCCACCAAAAGUGACACCACCACGUCCACCAAUUACACCAUCACCACCACGUCCACCGGUUAGACCACCUGCACCUCCACGUCCACGUCCAAGUCCACCGGUUACACCAUCACCACCACAUCAUUAUCCUAGUCCACCACCUCCAUCACCAAUUAAGCCACCACCCCGUCCUUUUUAUCCUCCACCACCACCACACGUUGUUCCAACUCCACCCCCAUCUCCACCAGGACAUCAUUCACAUACCAUCAUCAUUAUAUUCGUCUCGCUUGGUGGUCUGUUCUUUCUAGCAUUUCUCUCAGUUGCUCUGUGCUGCUUCCUUAAGAAGAAAAAGAAGAAAGCCUCUCAGGAAAUUGAUAUCGUGAAAGUGGAUGAACAUAGGAAAGUCCAUGAAGAUAUCGUAACCCGUCCAGAUGGAACAAAAGCUGUCAUUCUGACAAUUGAUGAAGAUAUACAUAUAGAUGAAGAAAUCGUGAAAAGGGAGAAAAUCGAGAAGGGUGCACUAGAACAAUUGGGAGGCGAACAUCUUGAUGCUACAAACACUACGGCAUCAUCAUCUAGUUCCAACAAUCACAAUCAUGACCAUAAAGGCUGA